AUGACAAGGCCUGACAUUGCAUUUGGAGUACAAUCAUUGAGUCAGUUUCUACAACAACCUAGAAAGAGUCAUAUGGAAGCAUCUCUAAGAAUUGUUAGAUACAUAAAAGGUCAGCCUGGCCAAGGGAUAUUUUCAUUAAGCAGCAAAGACAACAAACUUACAGCACGGUGUGAUGCUAACUGGGCAUCUUGUCCUCUUACAAGGAAGUCUGCAACAGGUUAUUUCAUCAAGUUUGGACAAGGGAUUGAAGUGCAGAAGCCUGUAGAAGUAUGCACAGAUAGCAAAGCAGCAAUCUUGUAUGCUGCAAAUCCAAUAAAUUCCACACUCAUUUCAAAUUAUGGGAUUAAUAAUAAUUCUGAUAAUGCACCUCCUGUGAAGGCUACUUCUGGACACAAACACAGUACACACUGUUAUGUAACAAAAUUUAGUUAA